UUGCUCCGAUUGCUCCGCUUGCACGGCCGUCUUAUUUCGAUGCAAGGGGGUCUCAAAGCAGAGAUCCCUUCCCCCCUUUUGCCUUAACCCUAAAAUAAGAAUUCCCUCCCUUCUCUAGAUAUUCGGCUAAAAAGUCUCCUUGACACAGGGCUGAAUCUCAGCAGUUGCAAAAUUUCCUUUGAGAUGGACCCCCAGUCACUCCUCCCAGAAGAGCAAGCAGAGGAAGCAAUUUCUUGGGCUCCAGGGAAUCUAAUGAAUGGCUGGUGUAGAAGAAGACCUGCUUGGUCAACAUCCAUGAAGGAUCCAGAAGCCCAUCGCUUUGGGAAAGAGGAACCGGUUGGCAUCCCUGGGGAGGUCAAGGUGGACGUGGAUGCCCUGCUCAAAGACAUUGAGGAACACAACAGGCAGAGGUUUCGUUCGGAUGCUCUUCCUUUGGGGGAACGUCCCUGGCAGACUCUGUUCCACCUGGGAGAGGCCGCUCAGAGGUGGCUGAGACCAAAGGACCGCACCAAAGGACAGGUGGUGGACGUGGUCAUCUUGGAGCAGUUUCUACAUGUGCUUCCUUUGGGAAUGCGGGCUUGGGUGAGAGCCAGGAAGCCAAGUACCAGCCAGGAGGCAGCUCAGCUGGCUGAAGCUUACCUGGAGCAACAGUGUCCUAUGGCAUUCCAAGAUGUGGCUGUAUAUUUCACCCAAGAGGAAUGGGACCUUCUAAAUGAGGAGCAAAGAAUAUUGUAUUACACCGUCAUGCAAGAAAAUUCUGAGAACAUAACCUCUUUAGAGCUUUUGAUUUCUAAACCAGAUCCAAGCCUCCAACCUGACUUGGACGAAGAGACACAGAGGGCCUUCAAAGGGAAAGACUCUAUUGUUGAAGGAGUUAUGAAUUGGGAGGACAUAACUGUAGUCGAAUUGCCACCCCAAUAUCCAUAUGAUUGCCUGCAUAAUGGUGAACCUGACAUGAUCUUCCAGAUCGGAAGAGAUGGGAUGAUUCAGGAGUCUGAGGAAAGGAGUAGACUGAGGCAUUCUUUUCCAGAAAGUCUGGCUACCAGGAAAAAAAAUUAUCAGGAGGAGUUUAGAGCAGACCGACUUCAGGAGCCAACGCAGUGGGAUAUGUUCUUUGAUCCCCAAAUUUCUGAACCAAUAGAGGUCAAAUCUAGAGGACAACAAGGGUUAUUCCUGGAGCUCAUGCAAGCUUCUAGGGCUGACAAGAAAAUGCCCAAUAGUAACUCCCAAGUAAGUUCUACUGUAUCAAAAAGGAACUACCCCUGUUCUGAAUGUGGGAGAAGUUUUGAUCGCCGUUCCAACUUAAUUAAACAUCAACGAAUCCACACAGGAGAAAAGCCCUACCCUUGUACAGAGUGUGGGAAAUGCUUUGACCAGCAGUCCAAUCUAAACGUCCAUCUAAGGAUUCAUACUGGCGAAAAGCCAUAUGGCUGCCCUGAUUGCGGCAAAAGGUUUAGUAUCAAAUCACAUUUACAUGGACACUAUAGGAUACACACAGGGGAGAAGCCUUACGAAUGUGAAGACUGUGGGAAGAGCUUCCGUGUGAAAUCUUCCUUAAAUAAGCACCAGCGAACCCAUACAGGAGCGGCCAAGCUCUCCAAACCACCUGAGGUCAAAUCAGAGGGUCCCCGGGCAAUAUUGCCAGAAGUGACACGGGUUUAUGCAGCUCCCAAAUCAGAAAAAAUAAUUAAAGUUAUGAGUAGGAAGCCCCCUAUAGAAAUCACGGUGUCAAACAAGAAUUUUUCCUGUUCCGAGUGUGGGAAAGGAUUCGAUCGGCCUUCACAUCUCAUUACGCACCAGAGGAUCCACACAGGGGAAAAACCGUAUCCGUGCAUUCAGUGCGGGAAACGUUUUCACCAGCAGUCUAACCUGAAUGUCCAUUUGCGUCUCCACACUGGGGAGAAACCUUACGGCUGUCCUGAAUGCGGCAAAAGAUUCAACAUCAAAUCCCAUCUACAUGGACACUACAGGAUCCACACAGGUGAGAAGCCAUUUGAGUGUGAAGACUGCGGCAAGAGCUUCCGGGUGAAAUCUUGCCUAAAUAAGCAUCAGCAAGUUCAUACAGGAGAAAAGCAAUAUAAAUGACUGAGGGGGAAAAAACCCUGAAGUUCUAACCUAAUUAAACAUCAGGUCAUUCUGGAGAGAAAGAUUACAAUGCUCUGAACUUGGGGGGGGGAAGCAACUUUUGCAACAGAUGAGACUUUAUCAAACAUGAAAGAAUCCACGCAGGAGAAAAUCCUUCUGUUUUCCUUCUGCAAGAAAUAAGCACCUGAAAAUCUACAGUGUCUUUGUGGGUGCUUAAUCUGUGGGAAAAUGUUCAGGAUGGUAGUUCUAGCAGUGAUUGGAAAGGGGUGGAUUUGAACACACAACUGAGGCACUGAUCAUAGCAGCACAAAAACAGGCACUUAGUACAUGAUCCAUAGAAACGAGUCUACUAUCUAGGCAAAUGUAGAUUAUGAAGACGGGUCUCAGAGACAGCCCAACACAGUGUCUAGAUACAACACAUAGAUGCAGGCAGAAAGAACACACUCUGAACAGCCCAACAAGAAAACUGGCAUUGUGUACAGGAAUAUAUGCGCAGUGUAUGGGCCACAUCCAGAUGGGAGAUUCAACAGAAGGUCAUGAAAGAGAUUAGGACUAAGAUCCUGUGGGACUUCCAGAUUGAGACAGAUAGGCAGGUACUAGCCAAUCAACCAGGCAUCAUGAUACUGGAAAAGGAUAGAAGACAGCAAUGGUGAUAGAGGUAUUGGUACCAAAUGACACCAACAUGUGGGAGGAGCAGUAUAAGAAAUUAGAGAAGUUCCAGGGCCUGAAGAAGGAAGUAGAGGAGAUGUGGAAAGUCAAAAUGGUCUCAGUGGUGGGAGGAGUGCCUGUGGCUAUGACUGCUAAACUAGUAUAAUAGCUCCAACAGACCUCAGGAACAAUGCCAGAGCUCUCUGUUCAAGAGUGUGCAGGGUUAGGAACAGCUAAGAUCCUACGCAGGCCUUUGGUAGAGGACCAGAGAUUGAAGGAAACACAUAUCACCAUAGGGGUGAAAAGGGAAAUAGCAAUAGAACGUAGACUUAUAUACUGCUUCAUAUAGUGCUUUUACAGCCCUCUCUAGGGA